AUGCGUCGGCGGCCGGGCUGGGUGCGCGGCGCGGCACCGCCGCAUUCGGCCGUGCGAGCCGCCAUCACGCAGGCGGAGGCCGUGGGCGUGUUCGUCGGCAUCAGCCUGUUCGCCGCCGGCGUGGCGCUCACCUUCACGGCCAUCCGCCGGCACGUGUUCCACGAUGCCGACAGCCUGGACACGGCGUUCGACGCCGGCGGCCACGUGUCGAUAGUCCUCUUCGCGGUGCUCUCCAUCCAGCUGAAGACGUACGCGCCCGGCGCCAAGACGUUCCUGCAGGUGAUCCACGCGCGCUUCGGCAACGCCGCCCACCUCGUGUACUGCGGUAUGGCUGCGCUAACCAGCACGCUGGUCAUGAUGAUGUUGCUGCUGGGCGGCACGGCCGUGCUGCGCGCGCUGGUGACAGGCCUAACCACCGAGAUGUCCGCCAUGCUGUUCGCCGCGUUGUUCGGCGGCUACACUCUCAUCGGCAGCCUCGGCGCCACCUUCUACGUCUCCUACUUCAACACAGCGUUGAUCUUUGCGCUGGUGCUGACGUUGGUGGUGGAGGUGUUCCACGGGAACGGGUCCGACCACGUCUUGGGCAGCGCCGACCGCAUGUACGAUCUGCUCAACUGCUGGCCGGCGCCGGCCGGCAACCGCGACUCCAGCUUCCUCACCUUCUACUCGAGCGGCGGCCUCAUCUUCGGCGUGGUGAACAUCCUCGGCAACUUCGGCACCGUUUUCUGCGACCAGUCGUACUGGCAGAGUGCCGUGGCGGCGCGACCGGCGCACGGCGUCUGGGGCUUCGUGCUGGGCGGGCUCACCUGGUUCGCCAUCCCGUUCACGAUGGCCACCACCAUGGGGUUGGCUUACGUAGCGCUGAGCGCGGCACAGGGCAGUCCACUGCUGUCGGACGGCGACGUGGCUGCCGGCCUGGUGGCUCCCGUCGUGGCGCAGGAGCUGCUCGGCCGCGCCGGCAUCUUCGCCAUUCUGCUGCUCGUCCUGAUGGCUGUCAUGUCCACGGGCUCGGCCGAGGUCAUCGCCGUCGCCUCCAUCAUCGUCUACGACGUGUUCCAGACGCACCUGCAGCCGUUCCGGGAUGACACAAGAGCGCGCCGCUCGGCCGCCGGCUCCGAGCGGCCGGCGUUCUCCUGCGCCGUGCACGGUCCGUAUCGCGCCUACCAAGAGCGCCUGCUCAGCUACAAGAGCUGGAGCGUGGUGUGGGUGUCGCUGCUGUCCGUGCCGCUCUGCCUGGUGGGGGCGGCCGUGCAGCUCAACUUGGAAUGGGUCUAUUACCUGACUGGCACGCUGAUCUCGUCGGCCGUCGUGCCCAUCGCGCUGGCGCUGCUCUGGGACCGCACCAGCACGACGGGCAUGCUCGGCGGCGCGCUGGGCGGCACCGCGUGCGGUCUCAUCGCGUGGCUGGCCGUGGCCUCCCAGGAGGAGGGUGGCCUGUCCGACUUCAUGGCCAGCACGGGCCGCCAGAUGCCCAUGCUGACCGGCAACCUGGUCUCGACCUGCGCCGGCGGCGUCUUCUGCACGGCGCUCUCGCUGCGUGACAGCUGGGGCACGUCGGCCGCUGAGCGCGCCGCCGUCUGGCUGUGCACGAGGGACAUCGACAACCCGCUGACGCCAGCUCAGGCGGUGCUUGAGGCUGUGCUGUACUGCGAUGCUCAGGCUGAGAUCCUAUCAAAACUUCCACCACUCGCGCUCUCCCGCUACGGGACACCACCGUCUCCGCUGAUUCACAUCCGGAGGUCCUAG